AUGCGGUCCCUCAUUGUCCUCCUACUAUCCUCCCUCCUUCCCCUCGCCCUCGCCGCAAACCUCGAAAUCGAUCACCUCACACCCGACAUAACAUGUGACCGCAAGACGAAGAAUGGCGACACCAUCCAGAUGCGUAGGCCUGCCCACCCUCUUGGAACCUUUCCUACUCCUUCCCGCCCUCCCAUGGUCCUGCUACGCACACCCACUAACACCAGCCCCAAAUCAAUAGACUACCGCGGCACCCUCCACUCCUCCGGCGAGCAAUUCGACGCCUCCUACGACCGCGGCUCGCCACUGAAAUUCAAGCUCGGUGCGGGACAAGUCAUCAAGGGCUGGGAUCAAGGGUUGACGGAUAUGUGUAUCGGCGAGCGGCGGAGAUUAACAAUUGCACCGGAGUUGGGGUAUGGGGCUCGGUCAGUUGGGCCAAUUCCGGCGAAUAGUAUACUGGUUUUCGAGACGGAGCUGGUGGGGAUUGCAGGUGUGGAGGGCGAUGGAGGGGCGAAGAGGGAGUUGUGA